UAUACUUUAAAUACUGAUGCACUCUAUCUACCUACUCUUUUGAAGUUAAGUCAAAAGAAUGUGAAUAAUGGAACCUUUGAAGAUGCACCAUAUCUGUACAUGAAUAACUGGGAAAUGUCAGAGCAUAUUGGCACACAUAUUGAUGCUCCAGUACAUUUUUCACUUGGUGGCAGAAUGCUUCAUGAAUUAACACUCUCUGAACUUCAUGGUCCAGCUGUUGUAGUAGAUAUCCGUAAGAAGGCCGAAAAAGACCCUAACGCAUUUUUAGACAUCACCGAUAUUCAAAAAUGGGAGGAGAUAUUUGGUGAAAUCCCUAAAGGAGCUGUUAUCAUACAGCACUCUGGCUGGGGCCAGUAUUGGGGUGAUGCCCAUGCAUAUGUUGGACCUCCAGGGACUGAUGGUAGAUUGAAAGUAAACUCCCCUGGUUUCCAUCCUGAUGCUGUGAACUGGCUGCUCCAACACAGAGAUGUAAAGGGAUUCAUAGUGGAUAGUCUAAGCUGUGAAAGUGGUAGCAAUUUUGGCUCAUACCCAGCUCAUCGUGCCAUGUUAGAAAAUGAUAAAUGGUGUGUUGAGAAUGCAGCUAAUGUUGACAAACUCCCUCAGAAAGGAAGUGAAGUAUAUGUCAUGGCAGCAAAGAUAGAAAAUGGAAGUGGGGGUCCUGUGAGAAUGUUCGCAAUCUGGAAUGAGGUGGCCCCAUGGCAUAAUGCUAAUGGAGCAAAUGGGGGUGCUAUAAUCAGUUUAGGGCUGUUAGUUAAUCAUUUCAUCACUUUGUACUUGCUUUAAUGUUUCACCUUUUGUCUACAGUUAUCUAGGAGCUUGGUAAAAAAGAUCAAUAGAAUUCAGAUCAGGGUUGUUUCCACAUUAAAAAUCAAAAUUUCCUAGAAAUUUUCUAGAAAUCAGCACUUGCUCAAUGGAUUAUAUUGUAGAAGUCGUUAACAAACAGACCGUGGUUAUUUCAAUAUUUGAGUUUUGAUCAGGUCCAUAGCGUGGGGGGGGGGCAAAAAUUCUUAUAAAUUCAUG